UGUAGGUAGCGCUACUGUCAGAAAAGUAAAGAUGGGGGUGUUGAGUGGAUUGCAGUAUCGUAACUGAUUUAAAUUCGACCGAAUUUUCACACAAUAAUGGGUGCAAAUAUUUCUCAACUGGAACGAGAUAUUGGAUCAGAUCAGUUUCCAGCCAACGAACAUUACUUUGGGCUGGUAAAUUUUGGUAAUACUUGCUACAGCAAUUCUGUCCUUCAGGCUUUAUAUUUUUGUAAACCAUUUCGAGAAAAAGUGCUAGAGUAUAAAGCAAGAAAUAAAAGAACAAAAGAGACACUUCUCACAUGCCUUGCUGACCUCUUCUAUAGUAUUGCUACACAAAAAAAGAAAGUUGGAUCCAUUGCACCAAAAAAGUUUAUUGCUAGGCUUCGGAAAGAGAAAGAGGAGUUUGAUAACUACAUGCAACAAGAUGCACAUGAAUUCCUUAACUUCUUGAUCAAUCAUAUCAAUGAAAUAAUUUUAGCCGAGAGGCAUCAAAGUAGUGCUAAACCAAAGAUGGGAAAUGGUGAGGCCCCUACUCCUCAGCCUGAGCCUACAUGGGUGCAUGAGAUUUUUCAAGGAAUACUGACAAGUGAAACAAGAUGCCUCAAUUGUGAAACAGUAAGUAGUAAAGAUGAAGAUUUUUUUGAUCUUCAAGUUGAUGUUGACCAGAACACCAGUAUCACCCAUUGUUUGAAAUGCUUUAGCAACACAGAAACACUGUGCAGUGAUAACAAGUUCAAAUGUGACCACUGCAGCAGUUACCAGGAAGCACAGAAACGAAUGAGGGUAAAGAAGCUUCCAAUGAUUCUAGCACUUCAUUUGAAGAGGUUUAAGUACAUGGAGCAGUUCAACAGACAUAUAAAGGUUUCACAUAGGGUUGUGUUUCCUCUGGAAUUGAGGCUAUUUAAUACAUCUGAUGAUGCAGUGAACCCUGACAGAUUGUACGAUCUUGUUGCUGUUGUGAUACAUUGUGGAAGUGGUCCAAAUCGUGGACAUUAUAUCAGUAUUGUGAAGAGUCAUGGUUUUUGGCUUCUUUUUGAUGAUGAUAUGGUUGAUAAAAUUGAUGCAUCUACAAUUGAAGAUUUUUAUGGUCUGACAUCAGAUAUUCAGAAGUCUUCAGAGACGGGUUACAUUCUCUUUUACCAGUCAAGAGAUUGUGUUUAAUGGAAAAACUAUGUCCAUUUAGCUUUAUGAAAAGACUAUAGGUUUUAUGAGCUUUUACUUUUCCAUCUUUGUUUUACCACAUUGGACUGUAACUUUAUUUCUUCUGUUUCCAUUGCCCUGCUCUCUAAAUUUAACAGUACUCUUUGUUACAAUAUCUUUUCAAGCAGUCAGUUUUAGUUUCCAUGUUUUAUUGUGGUGAUACAAAGUGUGCAUUGCUAGUAAGUGGGUAAUGCUGAUGGUUUCAUGAAGUGUAUGAGUGAACAAGUGCUUAGAAGCAAAGAAUGACAACUAGUGUUGAACGUGUUUAAUCAAAUGAAAGUAAAAAUCCUGAGAAAAAUGUACAUUAUUUUAGGAGCGAAGCUUUUGAAUUUAGACAUUUUGAGGGCUUCAGUUGAACAUAAGGGAUAAUGUGUACAAUAAAUUGUAGGGAUAUGUGAUAUAUUUCCACUUCUUCAUGUAAGAGCAACCCUAGGUUGAUUAUGAGAUUUAGAGAGACUUGUUUUGGAAUGUGGUUAUGUUGGUGUAACUUGUAGUCUGUGAUGUACAUGGACAGCCUACAUUAUCCUACUGUAGAUUUACAAUGCUGUUCCUCUAAGAGCUGUAAUCUUUUCUGAAAGUUAGACAGGCCAUAAGUGUGCUUGUAUAAUGCCUCUGGACCUGUGUGUUUAACAUACAUGUAAGUUUUGUUUGAAACCAUAAAACAGUUUUGUUUACAUUUUAAUCUUUAGGUAACCAGAUAGUUGAAGAGAGUAGUUCUAAAACUUGCUCAGUCCAUUCUGUGAAUGUUCUAUCUAAGAGCAGCUGUUGUUAAUUGAAUAAAUUCUACUUCAUUUAGAACAUUUCAUGGAAAAAUACAGUUCAUCCUUUGAGUGGAAUGUUGAAAAUUCUGGUAUUUACAAAACUCAUUCAGUCCAGGGCGUGUUCUACCUCAAAACUUUGUCAUCCUGAUGUGCACAUGGCAGUAUGCUGCAUUGGUGUAUGUUUUAAGAUGGUUGGCCCUUAGUGCAUUGCUGCUUCCUUUGUGUACUAUCCCACUUCCCUUUCUUAAUAAAAACAAAUUGGCUUGUGUGUCUGUGUGCCUCCUUUCAGUUGUAUAUUGAACUCAAUAUAAUUUGCUUAUUUUAAUUUCAUAAUAAUACAGAUUAUACAAAUAUUGGUUGAUGAAAGUAUAUAGAUCUUACAUAGGUAUAAAAGAAAACAAUUGUGACAAAAAAUUGCAGUUUACAGUUACAAAAAAGUACAGUUUUGCCAACUUGAAAGAUUUUAUUUUCAGGCACAGAAAUUGAGUGAUUUAAAUUCAUGCAAUUUUAAAUUACCUCAACAUUUCCUGAUGUUCAAAAAGUGUUAGCACUUUGUAUACCAAAUAAAUGUAUUGACUGCUUACUUUCCCACAGUUUUUUUUUUCUGAAAAUUUUGUUAAAUGGACUGAUUAUGAGUUUUUGAACUACACCCUCCAAUUUGUAUUAUCAUGCUUUUGCUUGGCCUGAAUUUUAUGUUUUGCUCAGUUCUGUCAUUCUAAUUAUUUUAUUUAUGGACACACUGUGGCAUUUGAAGCCAGAGAAAUAUUUUGUUUCCAUUUUGUGUGUGUACGUGCAUGUGAGAGGGAGAGCUGGAGGGGUAUUGCUGAACACGUAAUUCAGUGUUUGAAUCCUAAAGGUUACACUAGUGAUCUCCAACCUAUAGGAUCUCAAAUCUAAAAGUUUGUGACGAUGGUGUGUUAUUUAGAUAAAAAGUUUUUUGGAUGUUUUCCAUCGUCUAAUAAAAUUUAACGACGUUUCGGAGAUGGGACUCUAUCUCAGUCUUCAGGUAAAUCUACUCUGUUGGGCCUAAUCGAUAGAGUUAUCCGGAGAUAGGGAUUAUCUCUGAUUGGGCCCAACAGAGUAGGUUUAAAUUAGAUGAAGGAAAACAUCCAAAAAACUUUUUAUCUAAUCAACCUAUAGGAAUUUGUAAAUAAUUGAGAUUUGAAGUUUUUACAGUGGUGAGUUCAAAGAUGGUGGGUUUCUUUCAUAAAUAAUGAUUUUUUUUAUACAUUUCAUUAUGAAAUUGUGAUGCCUCUGGGAAUAUAUUAAGUGGAUAUUAGGAUCAUGGAAUGUGUUUGAUCUUAAUUCUUGCAUCAUGAUAUAUUUCCAGCCUGUUAGGAUGGAAUAGACUUUUGCAGUUAAAAGAACUGCCUUUAAGACUAUCAUUCCCGUAUAGGCUGGUCAUGUAGGUCAGGACAUUUUAAAAAAAAUUAGAAUAAAAAUAUUGGAAUUAGUUAUAGAGAUAUUGUGUCACAUUGACAAAGAAAUCAAAGUAAAUUGUAAAUCACACAAGACUUGGUCCUGGUUCAUAUGUGUGUUGAAUUGGUUUAAAUUUCUUUAGGUUGUAAGUGAAAAUAAGGGAUUGAUAACAUUAUGCAGAUAGGUAGUGAGUGAUGAUUUGGUGCUGUACUGUUCAGUACAAACAAUGUAAUUAUUAUAUUUGCCAGAUUCUUUUCUUUGAUUUAAUUAUCCUACAUGGAGUAGGGCAUAGUAUAGCUCCUGGUUACAGGCUAAAUCUAACAAUAUUUGAGAAUUCAAUUAUUCUUCUGCAACUUCAUUUUUGUAAAUUUAUCUGAUAUACAUUGGAAUAAAUAAAACAAAAAUAAGUUGUAUGUAGGUGUAGUAGUGAACUGUGAUAUUAAAGACUUAAUAUAAUAUGGCUUGUUGUAUAUGUUUAAAAAAGGGAGGAUCAAAUUAAAGAAAUGUAUAUAUUGCAGCAUUCAUGAAUAUAGUUUGUGAUCAGUUGACAAGAACAAUUUAGAUAUGCACAUAAAAAGUAGCCUAACAUUACAAGAAAUACUAUGUUCAUGUUUAAAAUAUCACCAUUUGUAGUGUUCUGAGAACAUAGCACAUUGUUAUUCGACAUUCAGAUAGCCCUAAGACAGUAGGUCUUCUUAAACAAGGUAAGGUUUGGUGAUAUGAAUAAUAUGUGCAUAUGUGUGUAUGCAUGUUUAAUUACAAGAUAAACCCUUAACAUAGACAAAGAAUAUUUUUACAGCUUUCCAAUUAAUCAUUCAUAAUAUUACUCCCAUUCUUUAAAAUAUGUAAUUACAUCAAACAAAUGAGAAUGGAGAUAAGGAACUGACUGAAAUUGAUAAAUUACAUUUAUAAGACAGACAUGAGUAAAAGAAGUACAUGUCUAAAUAAGAUUAGCUGUCUGGAUGUUCAAUUAUAGCAGCAGGUACGAGUUGCAGUGGCUGAUAUGUUUUUAAUAUAUUUUCUCAAAUUGUGCACAACUAUAAAUUUACUGUAUCUUAUGAAGGUAUAUGCAGAUGAUGAAAGUUAAAAUGUUUCAUAUUCCCUGGCUAUAAUAAUGUUGAAAAAUCUCCCUAAUAUGAGAAUUUCACUUUUGAAGCAAUAUGUAUGACAUGUUGUUUUAUUGCCAAGGCACUGUUUUUAUGUCAGUGUUGUUUGAAUCAGCACAGUUUUCAAUGGUUUCUGAGAUCCACAAAUAUUUGUGCCUUUAUUCAUUUGUAAUAUUAUGCAGUAACUUUUGUCCAACCCUCACCAGUUUUGUUGGAACUUGGUUGACUUGUCAAACAAUAGGGAAUAUAAAUACAGGAGUCUACACCUUCCAUAUCUGUAUAUUUUGGAUUGCAGAUAUGACUAGAAUCAUUGAGAGUUGGAAACUUUUGUGCAUAGUUAAUUUUGUGUUGAUUGAAAGCUGUUUUAAUUAUUUAAGAAAUAUUGUGUACAUUGUUGUAGUUCAGACAUGGAUUAAAUGUCAAGGUAGUAAAUAAUGCA